AUGAAUCCACAAUCUGUUAAUUUCACUGAAUUGUUGAAUGGCGAGCCAAACCCUCAACUGGACCCGUUGGAGGUUUCCUUCGGCGUGUUAACAGCUCUGACAGUCGUUUUGAUUCUGACUCUCAACCCGAUAUGCGUUGUAAUGCUUCAUCGCGCCAGCGGCAUCCAAGAAACGACCAAGGUGUUCAUGGCUUCACUCACCGUGUCUGAUAUCUGCAUCGGGCUGUUCUGGGUGCUCCCGGAGCUAACACAACAUUUCAACAGGAAAUGGGUGUUGGGUUCUUUUCUGUGCACCGUCUGGGGUGUUACAUCAACAUAUUUAGGUGGACUGAGUAUGUUUUCACUUGUUCUCAUGACAGUGGAUCGCUUUGUUGCUAUCGUCUACUCGCUGCGCUAUCCGACAUUAAUGACUUUGAAGAAAGCGAAGACAAUUGUCGCUAUCACGUGGAGCAUGACAUUGGCAAUCGGCAUAAUUGCAUUUGGCAUCUUUUUACCGCACGUCAUAUCACCGUCUGCACCUCGUAAAUGUAUUUUCACCUCAGACAACAACAUUUACACGUCCAUUGUGGUAUCUGCAAUUGCAAUCUCCCUUGUGACCAUUGUCAUCCUCUACAUGUACAUUCUUAACGUUGCUCGACAGCAGGCACGUCGCAUCGCCGCCCAGAAUCAGAUCAAUGUUGAUUUGGGUGAUCAGAACGCUCCGCAGAGAGUCAGUACAAAGUCGGCUACCACAGUGUUCAUCAUAACCAUGACGGUCUUUAUAUGCUGGCUCCCGUCUAUCAUCUUCAGUGUCAUUUCCUUAACCCCUGGAGUACAGCCGCCCCCACUUUUUAAGUUGAUUACAAACUUUAUCUUUGCUACCAACAGUUGGCUGAAUGUGGUCGUUUACUACAUGAGGAACAGGGAGCUUCGGCAAGCCCUGCAGGAAUUGGUUGCUUCUUGCUUUCGCCGGCGAUUCUAA